AAGCCGAAACAACAAGAACAAGUGCUCCAAAAAUCUUAAGAUGUUACGAUUAGCGGUAUGUGUCGGACUCUGUCUUCAUGUGGUCUUAAGUGACCCAGCAACUACCGCGGCUGUACCAGCGGUCCCAACUGUGUCAACAUCACCUGCAUUUGUGAACCCCAAUUUAGCUGGUAACCCAGCGUAUUCUGGAUAUAAUGGUUACAGGAGUCCUUAUGCUCCAGCUAGUCCAAAUGUACCUAUAAUUAGUUAUUCCAACAACCGUGGUCCAGAUGGAAGUUACGCAUACAGUUUCGCUACGGCAGACGGAAAGCAAGCCCAAGAAAGUGGAUUUUUGAAAGACGCCUAUAUUGACAACACUGGAUCACCACAAGGAACACAGGUUGUUGAAGGCAGUUAUGCCUAUACAUCUCCAGAGGGAAUUCCCAUUCAAGUCAGUUAUGUUGCCGAUGAAAAUGGUUUUAGACCAGCUGGUGUACACAUUCCCGCUGAUGGCAAAGGCGUAGCUCCAGCGUUGCUAGGCAACGGCGUCGCUCCAGCGUUGCUAGGCAACGGCGUCGCUCCUGGGUUGCUUGGCAACGGAUACAACAAUAUUUACGACCCUAGACACAAUCGCUUCAAUAACUACGACCCACGUUACAAUGGUUUUAACAACUAUCAAAACCCAUACAACUUCAAUAGAUACAAUCCCGCAAGGCCUUUUGAUGCCCGAUACAACCCUUACAAUCCGUACCGCAAUGUUAAAAAUAUCAAGAAAACAGUAUAAUAUAUUAUACGUAAUAAAAAGUAUGUACAAAUUAUUGUAUAAAUGUAAAUAAAAUGGUGGUAACAUUG